AUGGACGACGUCGUCGGGUGGAUGCUGGAGACGAGCAAGCGGCUCGGCGUCCCGUGCGAGGACAUCAACAUGAGCAAGUUCGCCACCCUGACCGGCUCGCAGCUCCUGAAAAUGAACGAGAACGACUUCACCGAGUGCGACCCCAACUACGGCAAGCUGUUCUACCGCGAGAUGGCCCGACUUUUGAACGUCACCAUCCCAGAGGACAAUAUCCUUGACGACGUCCUCAGGAAGUACAAAGACUUCGAAGAGACCAAGCCCAGCCCGAUGGACACGACGAUGCAACUUCAGCAGCAGUUGCAGCGACAGCAUGAAAUGAACUCCCUGUUCGCCGCCCAGCAACAACUCACCCAGACCCUGGCCAACAACAUCCGGCAACAGCUGACGAACAACUUGUGCGCGGCGCUGAACCCAACUGGGUUGAACCUGAACAACUUGGCGUCGUCGCCGUUGUUGGUCAACACGUUGCAACGAAGGAAUUCGAUUUCUGGGGACUAUUUGCCGUGCUUCCAGCAAGGGCCCUCGACAAGUGUUGGAUAUGAUUCUGAAACCGAAACCAAAAAUGGCCUCAACAAGAUGCGCCAAACCCUGGACGGCAAGAUCCGAAAACGCUCCCAGCACGCCAAGGGCAACAAGUUAUGGGAAGACCCGAACGAGGGCGUCUUCCGAAUCGUCGAAUCCGAAAAACUCGCCCGACUCUGGGGCGAACGGAAAAACAACACCAAGAUGACGUACGAGAAGCUGUCGAGAGCCAUGAGAACGUACUACGACAAGCAAAUCCUGGUGCCCGUGCCCAAGACGGGGCUCUACCCGAAGAAGCUCGUCUACAAGUUCGGCCCGGGAGCACAGGGAUGGUGCAAGUCGACGGCGGUGAUGGCC